AUGGAUUACCAGUUUCCAAAACGCUUUAUUGAAGAAGGAGCUGAGACCAAGAUUGAUAAGAUUAACAACACCUGUAGGCGCACGAUUCUGGGGACGCUGAAGGUGGUUCUCAGGGAUGAGUAUCAAGAAGUUUUGAAAGACCCUGUCUUCGGUCCGAUUCUGGCAAUCGUAGAGAACAAGCUUAUUUACUCAGGAAAGGUUAUUCACAGCUUCAUAUGCAAGCAGCUCAAGGUUUCCAAGCUUCACGAGUUGUGGUUUCUUUUUGCAAAGAGGCCUCUCAGGUUUUCUAUGCAAGAGUUUUAUGCUGUGACUGGAUUGAAGUUCAAAGAAGAACCCGACGUAGACUUCAAUAACUGGAAGAGUGAUAAGGGGUUCUGGAGCACGGUGCUGAAGGAAAAUAAGAAGAUCAACUUAUUGGUUAUAAGGGAUGAGCUCCUUAAAGUCUGUAAGGAGUGGACGUAUGUAGACAGGGUGCGACUAGUGUAUCUGUGUAUUAUACAUCGAUUCGUCAUUGCGAAGGAUUUGAGAGUGUUUAUCCCUCACGAGUUCAUCCGUUUGGUGAUGGAUUUUGAGAAAAUGAGGAUGUAUCCUUGGGGUCUUCGCGCCUAUGAUGAGCUGCUUGCAUCAAUAUUCAAAGCAAGGGAAGAUGUGCAUCUGAAGAACAGCUAUGUAUUGGAUGGAUUCUCAUAUGUGUUUCAGAUAUGGAUUAUGGAGGCAAUCCCAGACAUCGGUUCUAUGGUGGGUAAAAAGAUCAAAAACAACUUGACGAAAGUGAGAUGUAGAAAUUGGAAAGGAAGUGGAAAAGUAUCAUAUCAAGAUAUCACCAGCCUAGAGUCCAACUUUGAUAAGGGAGAGCUGUUCCCGUUUAUAUCAUCUACUGGGAGCUUGGAUGCAACUGAUAAUGCUGAGUUCUUUAGGGAAGAUGAGAAGAAUGACGAAAGAGUCAAUCGCAUUGUUGCUCUGAUCAGUGCCAAACAAGACUGGAAGCAAUUCACUUGGGAAGUUGAGACUCUGCCUCCAAAUAUGGAGUUAUCUGACGCAGAAGAGGAUGUCGAAGUUGAAAAUGUCACAGAAACACCUGUGGAGGAACCAGCUGUUGUUGAAGAGGAACCAGCUGUUGUUACAAAAAGGGGGAAGCGUAAGCUAAUUGAUCCUGGUGUCGAGUCUCGAAAGAAACAACUUCUUUGUCAAAGAGCGGCUGAACAUAACAGUGUUGUCUCCGGUGAUAUGAAGACCUUCAUUGAAGGUUUGUUCAACUCUUCUUUCAAUUCUUUUAAGGAGCUGCUGCAGAAGGACAUACAAGAGCGUUUUGACAAGGUCGACAAUGAGAUGGCUCAACUGAAGGCAACAGUGUCGCAGAUUACGGGUCCUUCAGUUGCAGUGGGACGAGACAUAGCAUCUGAGAUUCCCUGUCCUUCUGCAACACUUGGGAAAGAGCAAGAGAAAUCAUCACAGAGUCCGGGUUCUUCAGGAGCAAAGGGAAAAGGCAAAGGCAAGGCAUCUGUGAGUGUUGAUCCUCCUCCGCUUCGUCGUAGCCCUCGGCCAGUAAGAAAGGAAGUUAAAACUGAUGACGAUGACAUGUUUGAUUUUUGA